UUCUUUCUCUUAAGCUUUGCAGAGCGUCCAAACACAGAGAAACUCUGAAGAAACUCUGAAAACUGCUGAAGCGACUGAGAUCCAUGUGACACUAUUAUUAUAAAGAUGGCAUUCAUUAAAGUGGAGAGUGAAGACCUGAAGAUUGAAGAAGUAUUCAGUGUCAAACAAGAAGAAACUGAGGAACAAACAGGUCAGAUGACACUGAAAGAAGAGAGUGAUGUUCUGAACGAAAUGGAUGAGAAAUAUAAGCUUGAGAAACAUCACGAGUUCAUAACAGAAGAAAACCCAUUUACUUGCUCACAGGCUGAAAAAACAAGAAGCUGUGAAAAUAAGAAUUUUUCCUGUCAACAGUGUGAGAAAAGUUUUAACUUAAAAGGAAGUCUAAACAGGCACAUGAGAACUCACACCGGAGAGAAGCCCUACACAUGCCAACAGUGUGGAAACGGUUUCACUCAGAAAGUAAUCCUUAUCAGGCACAAGAGAACUCACACCAGAGAGAAGCCCUACACAUGCCAACAGUGUGGAAACGGUUUCACUCAGAAAUUAAUCCUUAUCAGGCACAUGAGAACUCACACCGGAGAGAAGCCCUACACAUGCCAACAGUGUGGAAACAGUUUCACUCAGAAAGUAAUCCUUAACAGGCACAUGAGAUCUCACACAGGAGAGAAGCCUUACACAUGCCAACAGUGUGGAAACCAUUUCAAUCUAUGUGGAAACCUUAAAAUUCACAUGAGAGUUCACACUGGAGAAAACCCUUUCACCUGUCAACAGUGUGGAAAGAGUUUCACUCAAAAAGUAGGCCUUUUCAGACAUAUGAGACUUCACACCGGAGAGAAGCCUUUUACCUGUCACCAGUGUGGAAAGAGUUUCACUCAAAAAGUAAACCUUAACAGGCACAUGAGAACUCACACUGGAGAGAAGCCUUAUACCUGCCAAAAGUGUGGAAAUGAUUUUAAUCAAAAAGCACACCUUAUCACACACAUGAGAACUCAUACCGGAGAGAAGCCGUUUGACUGCAAACUGUGUGGAAACGGUUUUAAUCAAAAAGCACACCUUAUCACACACAUGAGAACUCAUACCGGAGAGACAGAGUUUCAAUCAGCCUUAAAACCUUAAAGUACAUAUGAGGAAUCAAAGGCUA